UUGGCACGGGCUACCGGGGCGGCACAGACGCUGCAUGCUUUCCAGUUCAUCCGAUCCGCGGCGAGCGAACCACGGGCGCCUAUUCGCGAUGGACCCGCGCUUCGGCUUCCGAUUCUCCUCCUCCGACAUGCAGCAGUCGGCGAGCUCUCUGUCGCUGGGGGAGCGCCUCUGCGCGGUCUUCUUCCCCUUCGUCGCCAUCGCCGAGGCCGUCUUCUUCGCGCUCACGGACUGCCUCGCCGACCUCCGGCCCGGCUCCGACUCCUCGUGCGCGCGCCGCUACGGCACCGGCCCUUCCUCCUCCGGCGCCACCUUCGUCGCCGCCGAGAAGAAAAGGAGCCACUACCACCGCCACCGCCACUACCGACCCUUCCUACGCCGGGACGGCUGGACCCCCCCCGACCUCCAUCAGCUUGCGCACCUCGCCGACGAGUCCCGAUGCUUCUCGGUGAACGAGGUGGAGGCCCUCUUCGAGCUCUACAAGAAGAUCAGCUGCUCCAUCAUCGACGACGGCCUCAUCCACAAGGAAGAGCUCCAGCUCGCUUUGUUCAAAACUCCAAGUGGCCAGAAUCUUUUUCUUGAUAGGGUUUUUGAUUUGUUUGAUGAGAAGAAAAAUGGUGUAAUAGAGUUUGAUGAGUUCAUUCAUGCUCUUAGUGUCUUCCAUCCGUUGGCACCUAUGGAAGAUAAGAUCAAAUUUGCAUUUAGGUUGUAUGACUUGAGGCAAACUGGUUUUAUUGAGCGUGAGGAGGUUAAGCAAAUGGUCAUUGCUAUUUUGUUGGAAUCUUAUGUGGACUUAUCAGAUGACCUUCUCGAGGCCAUUAUAGAUAAGACAUUUGAAGAUGCUGAUGCCGAUAGGGAUGGAAAAAUAAAUCAAGAAGAAUGGAAAGAAUUUGUAUUACGCCACCCAAACCUGUUAAAGAACAUGACACUGCCCUAUCUAAGGGACAUCACAACCGUCUUCCCUAGUUUCAUCUUCAACACUGCAGUGGAAGAUGAUUAAGCAGUAUUGGGGUUGCUUGAGCUGAAUCCUGAUGACUGGUGGCUGCCGAUUAUGUCAACUUUCUCGUUGAUAUCGCCUCCCCACCUACUGAGAAAAAUAUGUGAUCCAUCAUGAGAACUUGCUGAAGAAAAAUCACCAUUGAUGGCUGAACAUUAAAGCCGCCACCUGACCACCUAACAAAGGCUCAUCCAGGGUGGUGAAUCAGCAAUGGAUCUACCUAAUCCUCCCAGAUGGCUGCCAAUGGAUCUGCAACUGGGAUGCCAACAAGCUGCCAGAUGGCUGCUUCAUCAUGGACCUAAUCCUCCCUCUCCCCUUUGACGUCAAGAGCAAUCUUAUCCCUUGUAAAAAGAAAAAGAGCAAUCUUAUCCCUUGUAAAAAAAAGAGCAAUCUUAUUCUAUCACAAACACAGGUAGUAUGUCUCUGACGAUGCUCCUUUUGGGUAAGUCGUCAUUUCUGUCUGUUUGUUGCAAGGGAUAAGAAGAAUGAUGUCACCUCGGCUUGGCCGCUAGCAAAGCGCAUUUCCUUGCUUU